ACAGCUCAUCGGGCAAUCUGACGUCAUUGGGCCUUAUCCCGGAAGUAGAAAAAUAUCAACAAUUCUUCUAGGUUCAGGCUUAGUCCCAAGUGUCAGUGUAGCCUAGGUGCAAGGUAGCCAAGUUUUAUUUUUUUUUUGUAUAGUUCGUGUAUUAUAGCGUCUCAGAUAUGUCGUUGUUUGGUAAGAUAUUUGGAGGAGGAGGAGGAAAAGGAGGAAAGGGACCGAGCCCACAGGAGGCGAUCCAGAAACUCCGAGAGACGGAGGACAUGCUAACCAAGAAACAGGAAUUCUUAGAAAAAAAGAUCGAUCAGGAGCUGCAAAUCGCCAAGAAAAAUGGCACAAAAAAUAAACGAGCCGCUCUGCAGGCUUUGAAACGAAAGAAGCGAUAUGAGAAGCAGCUCGCUCAGAUCGAUGGCACGCUCUCCACCAUUGAGUUUCAGAGAGAGGCUCUGGAGAACGCCAACACCAACACUGAAGUGCUCAAAAACAUGGGCUUCGCGGCCAAGGCCAUGAAGUCUGCCCAUGAAAACAUGGACAUUGACAAGGUGGAUGACCUGAUGCAGGACAUUACAGAGCAGCAGGAGCUGGCACAGGAAAUAUCUGAUGCCAUCUCUAAACCUGUCGGCUUUGGAGAAGAGUUUGAUGAGGAUGAGUUGCUGGCGGAGCUGGAUGAGCUGGAACAGGAGGAGCUGGACAAAAACCUGCUGGAGAUUGGAGGACCAGAGAACGUCCCCCUCCCCAAUGUGCCUUCUACUUCAUUACCUUCCAGACCUGCCAAGAAAGAGGAGGACGAGGAUGACAUGGAGGACCUGCAGCGUUGGGCGAUGGAAGCCAAUUAAACAUCAGCAUCUGUCACCUCAUACCUGCAUCAGAGAGGAAAGAGGAAUGAUCAAGGGGAACUAAAUGGACUGAUAGGAUGUUGUGUUAUGAGUGUUUUGUGUGUUUGAGGAGAGCUGACUGUCUUCUUUAUGUAACACUACAAAAAAAGCAACAAUGCUGUAUUUUUCUUUUCCGUUCCCCAUCACUGCAUAAAUGUAGAAGCCUCUUGAUACACAGCAUAAACAAACAUUUUGAAGCUCUA